AUCAACCUGUCGGGCUUUCAACAACCACAAUGGUCCGACUUCUUGUCGCUGUUCAAGCAUUUCCUCUUCUUCCUGCUUCCGACUUUUGUUCAACUUAGACUUCGUCCAGAACUAGCUAAACCCGAACGCCUUCACCCUUCCGGAUACCUUGACGGCAUGCGUGGGCUGGCCGCUCUCUUCGUCUUCUUCUACCACUUCUCCUACUCGAGCCACGAUGUGCUCACCGCAUACGGUGGCACCGGCAAGCCUGAUGAGCACCGCGAAUUUCUCAAGCUCCCAUUCAUUCGGUUCAUAUACACCGGACCCGCCAUGGUCUCUAUCUUCUACGUCGUCUCCGGCUACGCCCUCUCCUACAAGCCUGUCAAGCUCAUGAGAAAUAAGAGUUGGAAGGACUUAUUACACACUCUCUCUUCGGCAACUUUCCGCAGAGCUAUCCGUCUAUAUCUGCCUUGCUUUGUCUCGACCUUGAUGAUCAUUCUCCUAGUCCGACUCGGAGCGUAUGAUGCAACUCGUGGUAUUGCAUAUGACGGAAGGCGCCUUAACCAGGUUCGCGAGUUUCACCUGGCACGCUACAAGUCACUGUGGCACCAAAUGACGGAUUGGGCCAAGAUGAUGUGGAUUUUUGUACACCCUUGGAGCUUUGGAACAAAGGACACGGAUAUUGACAUAGAUAAGCAUCUGUGGACCAUUCCUAUGGAAUUUCGCUCCUCGCUCGUUCUAUACUUGACUCAACUCGGCCUCGCUCGUCUCAAGCCAGCUGUGAGGAUCAUCUCAUUGGUCGCGCUCAUCAUCUGGUGUCAUGAGAAAGAUCGUUGGGAAAUGAUUCUCUUUUAUUCUGGCUUCCUCCUUGCCGAGCUCGACUUUCGCCGACAGGCACUGGCCGCUGCAAAGUCUGUUCUUCCUGCAAUCAAUUUCACUCUUCCAAAAUCUCCACAACGCCUGCAAUUAUGGACAGCACUGUAUAUUUUCGUCUUUCUGGUUGGCAUAUAUCUUGGAGGACAGCCACAAAUCCACGUCGAGAACGCCCCGGGCUGGGCCACGCUCUACUCGUGGAUCCCUGCAUACGUCGAGCAUAAGCAGCGGUAUUGGGUCGGUUGGGCAGCUAUACUGCUCGUCUGGGCGACAUCCAAUUCGGUGCUUCUCCAGCGCCUAUUCACCAAUGGCCCUGUCCAAUACCUGGGCAAGAUAUCUUUCUCGCUCUAUCUUAUGCACGGUCCCGUCACACAUACUAUCGGCUAUGCUUCGAUGGAUUUCUUCUGGCGCACAAUUGGAGAAGACACAUAUAUGACAAAGGAGGUUGGGUUUGUUCUUGCUGCAGCCAUCAACAUCUCGAGUACGAUUUGGGUGGCAGAUAUUUUCAUGCGCUUAGUUGACACACCGACUGUACAAUUCGCCAAGUGGGUCGAGGAAAAGUGCAUU